AUGGCCGCUUCACCAAAAUAUACUAAAGAAAAACUGAACUAUUACAGAAUUUGCUAUCUAACAACAGAUAUAUUAACAGAGGGUCUGCAGUCUGUAUUCAAACAAGAAUGGGAUAAUCGCUACAAGGCUACUCUGGGAGAGUGGAAAGAUGACCCUAAAAGUGGGAUGAAUUUUUAUGACCAAGAAUCCAGGCAAAAUAUAAUACGAAACAGGCAUCUACUGGGGCUCAUGCUAAAUCGGAAUAGAGCUAAAUGGGACUGCAAUAUGCUGUUUUACGCUAUUCUCGAUUCUGAUUGUAUCGGAAAAGGUCUCAGCCCCACGGUCAAGACUAACGUAGACAUUCUAAGAAAAUUCAGGAUCAAAGAAUUCGCUGAUUUGAGACGGGGUCGUCUAACGGACGAAGAUUUUCAAAAUGCCAUUGUUAAAAUGUAUGGUGCAUUUCAAGCUCUUGGCCUCUCCACAAAGCAAAUUGAUGACGUCAAAAAUCAAACAGGUUUUCCCACGGAGGAGUUACGAUUCGCACUUAGCACGCAUUUGAAACAUUUCAGCCCUGAUCAUACCGAUGUUGCAAUCAUCUACACCGACUUGGGUGACAUACACCAGAAACUGGGUGAUCUGGAACGUGCAAAGGAGUAUCAGUAUCGUGCCCUUGCCAUUUGGCUAAAGAAACUGGGUCCUGACCACACUUAUGUUGCAACUACUUACUCUAAAUUGGGUGAUAUACACCUGCGAUUAGGUGACCUUGAGUGUGCAAAGGAGUAUCAGGAUCGUGCCCUCGUUAUUAGGCUAAAGAAGCUGGGUCCUGACCACACUGACGUUGCAACUACGUACUGUGAAUUGGGUGUUAUAAACCAGCAAUUAGGUGACCUGGAGCAGGCAAAGGAGUAUCAGGAACGUGCUCUCACUAUUAUGCUAAACAAUCUGGGUCCUGACCACACUGACGUUGCAACUUCUUACUCUGAAUUGGGUUAUAUACACCUGCAAUUAGGUGACCUUCAGCGUGCAAUAGAGUAUCAGGAUCGUGCCCUCGCCAUCAGGCUAAAGAAGCUGGGUCCUGACCACACUGACGUUGCAACUUCUUACUCUCACAUGGGUCUUAUACACCUGCAAUUAGGUGACCUUGAGUCUGCAAAGGAGUAUCAGGAUCGUGCCCUCGCCAUUAAGCUAGAGAAGCUGGGUCCUGACCACACUGACAUUGUAAUUGAUUGCUCUAACUUGGGUUUCAUACACCUACAAUUAGGUGACCUUGAGCGCGCAAAGGAGUAUCAGGAUCGUGUCCUUGCCAUUAGGCUAAAGAAGCUAGGUCCUGACGACACUGACGUUGCAACUUCUUACUCUCACUUAGGUCUUAUAUACCUGCGAUUAGGUGACCUUGAGCGUGCAAAAAAGUACGCGUAUCUUGCCUUUGCCAUUAGACUAAAGAAGCUGGGUCCUGACCACAGUGACGUUGCAAGUGAUUGCUCUAACUUAAGUGUUAUACACCAGCAAUUAGGUGACCUUGAGCGCGCAAAGGAAUAUCAUGAUCGUGCCCUCGCCAUUAUGGUAAGGAACUGGGUCCUGAUCAUACUGACAGGGCCAUUUGUAGCCUGCGAAAACAUCCGUUUCUCCUCGCUCUGGGGACGUUUCGCGCAGAGGAACGUCUGCGACUCAGCGAUAGAAAUUGCAUACUGAUGACGUAAAAUCUGUCCGGAAUCCGGUCAGAGGCGCUGAUUGGUCAACGGAGUAGUUACAUUGUUUUAGCACAGGGAGCACGCACAAUCUGUUUGUGUAGCCGAUUGUUAUUUUAUAGUAAAUGUUCUGGAUUUACCGUUUGCCUCACCUAUAGCGAUACGUCGCUAACUAUGUAUAUAAAUCAAUGAUAAAUAAACGUUGAAUUACCUUACCUGUGGUAUAUAGUCGUCCUUUUACCUCAAAAGCGGUUUUUUGAGCGAUUUUGAAGGAGUUUGAAUUCACCGUUGACUGUUCCUUUUAUUAUAAGGAACAGUCAACCGCGAAAUCCAACUCCUUCAAAAUCGCUCAAAAAGCGGCUUUUGAGGUAAAAGGACGACUAUAUACCACAGGUAAGGUAAUUCAACGUUUAUUUAUCAUUGAUUUAUAUACAUAGUUAGCGAUAUAUCGCUAUAGGUGAAGCAAACGGUAAAUCCAGUACAUUUACUAUAGACACUAUAAAAUAACAAUCGGUUACACAAACAGAUUGUGUGGGCUCCCUGUGGUUUUAGCUAUUGUUUAUGAAUGACAGAGAAACGACAAAAGGCCACAAAGGUCAAAUGUAAAGGCGACGAAUCUCAAACAAAACAGCCAAUAUUUGUGGAAUAUAGUCUUCUCUUGAAGAAGCAUUUGAGUUUUGCUGGAACUCGUUGGCAGAUGAACCCAACACUUUACCAAAAUCCACCAGAAAACACGUAAAAUUGCACAAAUUUAUAUUUGGAACCCCAUGACUACCGGAUUUAUUAUGUAAACAUUGAUUUGCGUCAUCAGUAUGGAAUUUCUGUCGCUGAGUCGCAGACGUUCCUCCGCGCGAAACGUUCCCAGCGGCGAAGAGCGAGGAGAAACGGAUGUUUUCGCAGGCUAGGUCAUUUGUACACUUACUUGGUGUUAACUUUUCGUUAUUUCGUACCCAGAUCUCUUUUCGACGAAGCCGAAGGCGAGAUACGGUCAAGUACGAAAAUUCAAUUUCUUUGAUUGGCUACUCAAACUGCCUAGAUUGUGAAGGAGUGACGUGAAUCUGGUCCUGCAUCUGCGCGCGCAAUUGCGUGUACAUGCGUGUACAUACAUACAUACAUACACUUUAUUGAUGCUCCCUAAGUGGGCUUUUCAGCUCAAUAGAAUAAAAAAUACAAAUUUAUAUAAAUUAAUUAAGAAUGUAAGUACAAUAAUAUUAUAAUUACAAAAAAUAUAUCAACUUAAUAAAACAUUUGCAAGAUGACACCUAAAAUUCCUGGGGCAAUUCACACUUUGCGAAGUCCUCCGUUUUGUUAAAAACGAGAAUAUUUUCACUGAAUAAGUAGUUUUCUGUUUAAAUUUUGUAGAUUGUAAAACCCAGUUUACCUUACCUUAAGAUAAAGACUUAAAAAAGAUAUGGCAAAAAAAUUGUCGCGUAAUGCUUUGAGCUUUGAACAUGAGCUUUGAAUCAUUAAAUUUAAACUAAUUGUCGCUUUGAAUUUGAGAAUACAAAAAAAAAUCAGCAGCAACAACAGCAUGUUGGUUGGUUCAUACUUAAUCUACUUCUUUUAACACGUCUUGUUGGAGAAAACUUCUCGACGCUAUCCAGUUCGUCGUUUAACAUGGCCACCAUUUUGAGAAUUUAUUUCAAGCCUGCGCUCUUAUAUCAGGUGAUCACGUUCACAAAUCGGAUUUGACCAGAUCUCCCCUUUGGCUUCGUCGACAAAAGAUCUGGGUACGAGAUCAAACUUUUCUCUGACGUCGCCAUCGUGGUUACGUAUACUCCCUAUUUACUCGACUUAAGCAUGGACGUGAGAUUGUGUGUGAAAUGAAUGCUAUGUGAUGUGAGCUUUCUCGAAGUACCUUAUAUGUCUGUUAUUCUUUAUUUCAGAAUCGGAAAAGUUAUUGGGAACAAAGUACCUAUUAGUUCCAGUGAUGACUUGUCAAAUUACUCAUUAAUAAUAGCCUGUAUACAGACGCCCCCCUCCCCAAGUUUUUCUGAGGGGAGGGGGUGGGGGGCGUCUGUACAAAGGCUAAUUAAUAACAGUAAAGUUGUAAUUAAGCAUCUUUCUUAAGAUGCUUAACUUAACUAAUUAUUCAUUCAAAACAUUUCUGCGAUUCUGAUUGGCUAAAAGCACGCGCAUAAUUCACCAUAACCAGCUACUGCUGACCAAAUUUGGAAGAAUUUUGCGUUUAAUGAACCAAUGACGUCAAAAGUUCAGCGUUCUUGCAGGUUAAUGCACCGUUAACCGAGAAGACCUGGGGACGAGGUUGAGUUGUUUUGGUUGUGAAAACAGAAAUGGCGGACAUUUCACUCGUUUCAAGAGUAAAAACUAGGCGAAAUAAUAGCUAACAACAUGACAAGAACAGCAAGAAGACAACUCGAAGGGCGACUUCUGCUAUUUAGAGAAUAUUUGCGGAGCUGAACAACCCUAAACGUGCACUAUCGAAGAUGAACUUAACAACGACUGCAUCGAUGGAGGUAAGCAUGUUUUAGCUAUGUUUUUAAACUUGGAAUUAUUUUGAAUGAAUAAUAAAACAAUUAUUGAAUUCGGCUUUCGUAUCAUAUGAAGAAAUAUGGAGAUCUCGGAGGGUGUUAUCCACCUCGGCGUACGGCCUCAACAGAUAACACCCUCCUUGAUCUCCAUAGUUCCUCAUAAGAUACUCAGCCCCAUUCAUUAAUUGUUAAUUAACUAUAUCCAUAGGCGUACGGGCCGGGGGGGCGAGGGGGGCUGCAGCCCCCCCAAAUUUUGGGCAACUCAGAUUUUUUGGGCAACACGAGAAAAUUUGGGCAAAGCCAGUUUUUAAAGAGGUCCCCAUGUUUUUAUUAUUAUUUUGAAGAGAUAAAUAUUUUCUAUUUUAACCUGAAGUCGGCGUUAUAAUCCAGUGGCUGCCUAGCACGUGACAAGUUUCUGGCUAUAAGGGAAAGGUAUCAUAUGCUGAUUUUUUUUAUUGUUGGGCACUGUACUGCAAUGUGCUAUUUCCACUUGUGAAUUUAUUACAAUAAACUUCCGCCUAACUUUCUAGAAUCAUCUCCGCUCGUAGAACAGUGUAUGGCAGAUAGCAUCAGCAAUGGGUCCGAAAGUGAAGAAGUGGCUGACUAAUUCACAGUUUGAAAUGCGAGAAGAAUCUUAAUUUUUUCAAAAAACUCUAUUGAGCGGUUUAAAAAUUAUUCACUAAUUUGUUACAGUAGACUGAAAUGUUUACAAAACCGCUAACCAGAGCGCCAUGCUACAUGCUAAUCAAAUCCUUCCUUGUAGCAAUUGGCCGAAGCUAUCUCCAUGAUCUUUCACCCACGUUUUUAAAAAGAUUGAAACUACUAUGAGGUGAAAUUGCAUGUCAAAAGCGCAUCGUUUUCUACAGAUAACGGCCAAACAUCAGGAUUUUCCUUUUUUGUACCGUAUUUCCAACGAUAAAAAACUUUAUCCCAAAAUGUCUCGAUAACGCUCUUACAGAUUCCGUUUUAACUUCACGAACAUUGAGGCGUCUAUUGGAGGAAAAAGCUCCUGUGAUCGAUUUUAGAAGAACAGUUCCCACAGAGAAAUAUUGCUGCAAGUAUAAUAGGUAAUGGCUUCAUUUCAUUGCUAUGACAACUCCGAUGUCAUUGCAACCCUGAUCACAACAAAUUUCAUCUUUAUCUAAUACAACUGUUACAAAAGUUUGUUUAUGGCGACGUAGUUUAUGCUCAAACUUGGCAGGUAUUGACCGUGAAAAACUGUAUCGAGCCAUUUUCAUAUGCCAGUACGGCCUAUGUUGUUGCAUCUGCCCUAAUUUCUGUUCGACUGUUUUGGGCAACUUGCAAAAAUUUUUUGGGCAAAUGGUUUACCGCCCCCCCUGGCAAAAAAUUGCCCGUACGCCUAUGACUAUAUCUAACUGCAUUUAUGUAAAUGAUUAAUCGAUAUGAAUGACAAAUAGUUCACCCGCUUCACUCAAACUUAGACUCAGUGGCUGUCUGCUCAUCCGCCUGAGCUCUGCAAUUAUCAUGAUAGUUGACAGCAGAGGUCUGAUUGAGCUAGGUGGGGCAAAAGGAAACAAAUUAUUUUCCAGUCAAAGCCUCAAGUGAACAAUGCUUAAGCCCGACAUUGAAGUAGUGGUUUCAAAAGUCCCUCUCCCUAUCCCACUACUUUUGCCCACAGCCAAAGGCUACCCACCCGCUAUUAUAGGCUGUUCCUGGGCUGUCUGCCUGUGGUGGCCUUGACCCCCUCAAAUUUUUGACACCGGAGUGGCCUGCAGCCCGACACCAGGCGAAGACCCAUUGGCUAAGCGUUAACAAAUUCGAACCGAUAAAUUGGUUUAGAAACAAAGAAAGAUAGCCAGAAAGAAGGUGAUUGCCGUGUGGAAGUCAACAGGUUAAGUAUAGAUGUUUGUUCUGCAAAACCUUAAACAACAUAACCUGCGGACACAGACGUAUUUCCGGUCGUCGCUUUUCUCCACUCGAUUGGAGAGAAGCGACGACCGGAAAUACGUCUGUGUCUGCAGGCUAUAAACAACGUAGAACACGUAACAAUUUGUUUUUUUGUAUCUGUUCAGGGCACUAAAGUAGAAUCACGAGAAGUACUAACAGAAGAGUCAGAAGAAGCUGGUAAAGUACAUGAGAAGGUGGCUGAGUUGGCAACUGAGGAGGGCAUGAGUGCAAGAUACCAUGGAGAAUCGAAAAAAGAGGCGGAUGAGAAGUCUGAUGAAGAAACUGGAGCUGAAGAUGAUGUUGAAGGGGAAAUAUUUUUUGAAGUAGAAUCUGGAGCAAAGGUAACAAGUGAAGGUACCAGCUGGGCCUUCAAACCGUGGGGUAUUCACCUGAUGUUCCCUCCUGAUGCUGUAUCUGAGCGCACGUCAAUAGUGGUCCGCAGAUGCAAAUACAGUGUCUGUUCACCCCCUCUGCAGGAGCAUGAAGCCAUCACUAGCAAUGUUAUUGAACUAUCGUUUAUGAAUGGCCCAGAUCUAAAAUUUAACACCAGAGUGAAGCUGUCGCUAUCCCACAGCGCAACAGACCUACAGGGCUACGAGCUAGUGAUAAAAAAGCUGAUUGACAAGGAGACGAAUAAUUGGCAAGACCUGGAUGGAACAAGGAGCAUACGUUGUUGUCAAGACUUCGAAGAAAAUCACCCCUCCCACACGAAAAUACCGGACUUUCUCUUUCCCGUUGCUCAAGCUGAUAUAUCUGAGUGCUCAACAUACGCAAUAGUUAGUCGUCUAAAGGCUUCCCCAACUUACACUAUCACAUCUUCUGGCGGCUCUUUAAGCCAUCCUGACUUCCCGGGCGUGAUAAUUUCUAUCCCUGAAAAUGCUGUUGCACCUAACUCAAAGCUUCCGGUGGAGUUAAAGGUGCAAGAAGUUUUAAAUGAAGAUUUUGAAGGGGAUGGUAAAUUUCUUGGGCCUGUAUUGCGAAUUAAAUGCGUCGAAGCUGUUCAGUUCUUGAAACCUGUCACUAUUCAGCUACCAAUUUCUCUUCGAGAGCAAGAAGACAUGAAUCUGAAUCCCACAACAUGUCACGUCAGAGUCCUGUUCCUCAAGUCCGAUAAUGGUCAAAAAGAAUGGAUUGAUAUCACUGAUGAUCUUGUGAACCCGCCAAAUCUGGAUGGAAAGUUCGUAAGGUUCCAUGUGAAACGUUUCUCUGGAUAUUCAACAUGUGGUGAGAGGAGAGACGAACACUCCAGGUCUUAUGUACAAAGAAUUAUAAAUUUCCUUAACAGCCUCAUUUUUGGUCAGCCCAGACUAACAGUCUUCUUUGCUUACUUUCGUCCGGAUCUUAUAAAUAUUUUGCGUCUGAUUUGUUGCCCUGCUCAAAUUAAAGGGGAGGGGGAAAGGAAACUUGAAAAACAAGGCAUAACGCCUAUUUGUAACAACUCAAAGAAAGAUAUGACACCUGGGCACGACGAGGCAUCCGUGUCUGUAUCAGGAGGGAUAUACCCUUAUAUAAAGAGUGACAUGGAGGAAAUGUACCUUAGGGUUUUAGAGAACGAUCCAGACGAUGCUGAGUUGGAGGUUUGUUUUCGUGAUGGCAGAAACAUAGCACGAGUUGAGUUUUUUAGAAAACCCCAAGAACCAUUGUGUAAAUUGCACUUAAGAACGCCCGCUAGGGGUACGGAUCGGUCGGACUUGUCGGAACUUACUCGUCAGUCUAGUGCAGUGAUGGAAGGCAGUCCAACGGAAAGUGUGCUAGAGCGUCUAUCAAACAAAAUCCGCUCUAAAGAUUGGAGAAAGCUUGGGCGGCGGUUAACCUUCCACGAAGCACAGUUGGAUGAAUUUGAUAACGACAAUGAACAAAUAUCCGAAAAAGCAUACGCUAUGUUGUUAACUUGGAAACAAAAUUUCGGCAGAGAUGCCACCUACAGUGUUCUGAAAAAAGCCCUGUGUGACAGGACCGUGGGGCUUAGAGAUUUGGCACGAGAAUUUUGUUGUUACUGA